CUCAGCCAACUGCCACUCCACAGUUCCGUAUCAUCGCGGACUUCUCUUCCUCCUCCUCCUCCCCCCUCCCUCUCUCUGUCUCUACUUUGCGCAGCCGCGCUCCAAAAUUCCGAAGCGAGACGCCUCCACCUCCAAGCAAUCUCCCAUCGAUCCGGAAGCUUCCCGUGUGCCCAAUGCAUCGACUCCUCCGCGCGGCUGCGGCGGCGGCCGCGGGGCUCGCCACGGCCACGACUCGCCGCCACCGCGCGCCCAGCUGGGGCGCGGCCGCAGCGAGGUGGUUCUCGGUCGAACGGGAGGCGAUGAGCUACGACGUCGUGAUCGUGGGCGCCGGCCCGGCGGGCCUCGCCGCCGCCAUCCGGCUGAAGCAGCUCUGCCGCGCGGCCGACACCGACCUCUCCGUCUGCGUCCUCGAGAAGGGAGCCGAAGUCGGUGCUCAUGUACUGUCGGGGAAUGUGUUCGAGCCCCGUGCGCUGGAUGAGCUCAUCCCGAAGUGGAGGCAAGAGGAUGCCCCAAUCAGAGUCCCUGUCUCAUCUGACAAGUUCUGGAUGUUAACAAAGAACAAGGCAUGGACACUUCCAUCUCCUUUUGAUAACAAAGGGAACUAUGUAAUAAGCUUGAGCCAAUUGGUGCGAUGGAUGUCCGUAAAGGCUGAAGAAUUAGGUGUUGAAGUGUAUCCAGGGUUUGCUGCGAGUGAGAUCCUUUAUGAUGAAAAUCAAAUGGUCGCAGGCGUUGCAACCAAUGAUGUUGGUAUUGCUAAAGAUGGUAGUAAACGGGAAACUUUUCAACCGGGUGUGGAACUAAGAGGGCGAAUAACACUUCUAGCUGAGGGUUGCCGGGGUUCAUUAUCAGAGAAAAUAAUAACGAAUCACAAGCUCAGAGAAAGUGGGCAAGGCCAACAUCAAACGUAUGCUCUUGGAAUUAAAGAGGUCUGGGAGAUAGAAGAAGGAAAGCAUAAGCCAGGUUCUGUGGUUCAUACUGUAGGGUGGCCUUUGGACAUGAAGACAUAUGGAGGGUCAUUUCUAUACCACCUUGAUGAUAGACAGUUAGCAAUUGGUCUGGUUGUUGCCUUGAAUUAUCGAAAUCCUUUUCUCAGCCCAUACGAUGAGUUCCAGAAAUUCAAGCAGCACCCUGCGAUCAGAACACUUCUGGAAGGUGGAACGGUUCUUCAGUAUGGUGCUCGUACUUUGAAUGAAGGUGGUUUUCAGUCAAUACCAAAUCCAGUUUUCCCCGGUGGUGCAAUUAUUGGAUGCUCUGCAGGGUUCCUAAAUGUUCCCAAAAUAAAAGGAUCACAUACCGCUAUGAAAUCAGGUAUGCUUGCGGCCGAAGCAACUUUCAAUGCUCUGGUUGAAGGAUCUUCCAUGGAUCUGUACUGGGAGAAUCUCAAGAAGUCAUGGAUAUGGGACGAACUCUAUAGAGCUCGGAAUUAUAGACCAGCAUUUGAAUACGGAUUUAUUCCUGGCAUGGCCUUGUCAGCAGUGGAACGCUACAUAUUCAAAGGGAAGUCACCUUUUACACUGAAGCAUGGGAAACCUGACCAUGAAGCUACUGAAGUGAGUGUGAAGUGGUACCAUUGCUCAACAUUCUUUAUUAACAGAAAAUUAAAAUCGCAAUGUUGUUCCAUUUCUGUCACUAGCGAGAUUGAUCGAACACUUCCUUGUGGACAGAUGGCCAAUCUGCAUUCGCCUAUUUCAUAUCCAAAACCAGAUGGGCAGGUGUCAUUUGACGUUCCGUCUUCUUUAUACAGGAGCAACACAAACCAUGAGCAUGACCAGCCUCCUCAUCUCCGCUUGAGGGAUCCUGCAGUACCUGAAAGAGUAAAUCUCCCACAGUAUGCUGGACCAGAGUCGCGUUAUUGUCCAGCUCGAGUUUACGAAUAUGUAUCUGACGAGAAUGGUGACCCGAAGCUUCACAUAAACGCUCAAAAUUGUCUUCAUUGCAAGGCUUGUGACAUAAAAGAUCCAAAGCAAAACAUCGAGUGGACUGUCCCGGAAGGCGGAGGAGGGCCUGGUUACACAGUGAUGUGAAUAUUAGUAGAGAAAUUCUGACGCCCAAAUUGGCCUGUUCAACACUACCUCAUAAUAAUGGUGUAAAUAAAUAUUACUGUACAAUGUUUCUGAUGCUGAAACUAGCUUGUCCGACAGUACAUUUUAGAGAACCUUGUGCGACUAAUACAACCAACCAGGGCUGGUAAUGGUAUGUACGGCGCCGAGCAUUGCGGUGGAAUUCCUUCCAUCUUUUAUAAUAAUGGCCUAAAGUAA